UUUUUUUAGAUUCUUGGACUCUUGUGGGCGUGUCGUUUCGUCACUUCCGCCAAAAAUACAAUAAAUGCUCACGCUAACUGUGCUGUCUAAUUCAAGUUAAUUUUUAAAGUUACAGUUUGGUCCAACCGGUUCAGCGGUUCGUCGGACAGCCACAGUCCAUCAGAUCUAUGGUGGCAGGUUCGGCACUCAUGGAGCCAUCCAGUAAACCUGGGCCCAACCAGGUGGCUGAUGUGGUGUUUGUCAUUGAAGGGACAGCGAACCUUGGACCAUACUUUGAAUCUUUAAGAAAAAAUUACAUACUUCCAGCUAUUGAGUAUUUUAAUGGAGGGCCUCCAGCAGAAACAGAUUUUGGUGGAGAUUACGGGGGCACACAGUAUGGCCUUGUGGUCUUCAACACAGUGGACUGCGCUCCGGAGUCAUAUGUCCAGUGUCACGCGCCAACCAGCUCAGCCUUCGAAUUUGUGUCCUGGAUCGACAACAUCCAGUUUAUGGGAGGUGGAGCAGAAAGCUGCAGUCUGAUUGCAGAGGGACUUUCUGUGGCCUUGCAGCUUUUCGAUGACUUUAAGAAAAUGAGGGAGCAGAUAGGUCAGACCCACAAAGUGUGCGUGCUGCUGUGUAAUUCCCCUCCUUACCUGCUUCCUGCUGUGGAGAGUGUCAGCUACACCGGCUGCACAGCAGACAGCCUGGUCAAAAUCAUCAGAGAUAGAGGAAUUCAUUUCUCUGUUGUGGCUCCUCGGAAACUGCCCCCUCUAAGGGCUUUGUUUGAACGUGCGUCACCAGUAGGGGGGGCAGUUGAAUCUCUUCCUGACUACAGUCAAGAUCCCUUCCACAUGGUCCUAGUCAGAGGCAUCUCGCUUCCUGUCCCAGGAAUGGGCCAAGGGCCUCCAUUUCCCAGUCACCCUGUAGUCAAGCCCAUUCAGCCGAGCUUAUCAACAGUGAGUACGGUAAAUACGCCAAUCCAACCAGUUACUCCCAAUCAGCAGCCAGUCCCACCCCCAGGACAGCCAGUGCCCACCCAGCCGCCACAGCCACUCCCUCAGCAGCCACAACCCUCUGGAAAUCAGACCACGCAACCAUCUGCAGCGCCCGCUAUGCCUGGAAGUCAAGUCAAUCCAAACCCAAUUCCACAAGGACAAGGUGUCACCAAUAAAGUAGUGGCCUGGACUGGUGUUCUUGAGUGGCAAGAGAAACCUAAAGCCUCAUCCAUGGAUUCGGCCACCAAGCUGACGCGAUCCCUGCCAUGUCAGGUGCACGUCAACCCGGGAGAAAAUCUAAACACAGACCAGUGGCCACAGAAGCUCAUUAUGCAGCUAAUUCCACAGCAGUUGCUGACAACCUUAGGUCACCUCUUCAGAAACUCUCGGAUGGUUCAGUUUCUCUUCACGAACAAAGACGUGGAGUCGCUGAAAGGCCUGUACCGCAUUAUGGCCAAUGGUUUUGCUGGCUGCGUCCACUUCCCCCACACUACCUCGCCCUGUGAAGUGCGGGUGCUGAUGCUGCUUUACUCAUCCAAGAAGAGAAUAUUCAUGGGCCUCAUCCCCAACGACCAGAGUGGCUUCGUCAACGGCAUCCGGCAGGUCAUCACCAGCCACAAGCAGGUCCAGCAGCACAGAGCGCAGUUAAACAGUGCAGCAGGACCUAUGCAGCCCAAUCAGGUCCCCCCCAACCAGAACUUCAUCAACAGAGCCCCAGGUCCUAUUCCAGUUUCCCACGGCAAUGUCCAACAGCAGUCUGUGGUGGUGGGCAUGCCCCCUGUUAGUCAGGUCUCUAUGAUGGAGGAGCAACAGAGACAGAACAACAUGAUGACAAUGAGAGCUGCCGGACCAACCAAUCAACAGCCGCCCGUCAGUGGCGCUCCACCUAAUCAAGUUCCGACUAGCGGACAAGCCCCGCCCCAGGGUCCCAUCCUUCGCCUCACAAAUCCAGGAGCCAAUCCACAGCUUCGCAGCCUCCUUCUCAGCCAACAGCAGCCACAGGGUGGGGUGUCUCACAUGCCAAGCAUGAUGUCUCACCAAGGUUUGGGACAACAGAUGGUCCACCAGGCCCCAGGAGGUGGGGCUCAAAUGCAGAGCCAGUGGAGGCAACCCAUGACAGGUCAGAUGAUGAUGUCUGGAGCUCAGAGAGGAGCCGUCCCGCAGCCCGGGAUGCCACAGGUCUCGAGCAUCAUGGAGGAUGAAGUCCUCAUGGAUCUUAUCUGAUGGAACUGGGCUUUCGAUUUGAAUCUGGGCAGCCAUUUUCCAGUUUCGACACAUAUGUCUGCUCUGUCGCUUUAAUCCUACAAAUGUUCAACGUAAUUAGGAAACAAGUCAUAAGCAGUUUUUGGUUUGUUUUUUUUUUCUUUCAUUUUUUUUAAAUUUUUUUACAGGACUGAGUCGCUGAAGUUAAUUAGGGGCAGACAAUGUGAGCAUUAGUUUUUCAUGUAAAUGUUCAAACCAUCAGCACGCUAAUCCCCCAUACUACACACAGGAUAGAACAAGCUAUCAUGCUUCUAGAAAUUAUACUAAGUUUCAUCAUUGAAAUGGAAACCUGUGUUAUUCUUUUUUUUAUUAAGAUUUUUUUAAUUAUUGAUCAUGUUGUUUUAUGGAGAUGAAAUAAAGGUAAACAUCGUAUAAGA